AUGUUUGAGGUAGAUGAGAACUACACGCGCGUGGCAGAGUUUGUGAUCGUGGGCUUCCCGGGGCUCCAUCCAUCCUUCUUCCAGCUGGUGGCCUGGUUCUUCUUCUUCGUCUAUGUGAUCACGGUGGUGGGGAACUUCCUGCUGGUGGUGAUGUUUGCCCUGGAGCGCAGCCUGCAGAAACCCAUGUACAUCAUCAUGCUCAGCCUGGCUAUGUCAGAUAUAGGUUUUGCCACAGUGGCCCUUCCCAAUCUGAUAGCUCGGUGGUGGAGGGACGAUGGGAGGAUCUCCUUUCAUACCUGUAUGUUCCAGGAACAAAUGAUCCACUAUUUUGGAACGCUCAACUCUCUCAUUAUGAUGACCAUGGCUAUGGACCGGUACCUGGCUAUCUGUCACCCUCUCAGAUAUCCUAUGUUGAUGACCAACCGGACUAUGAGUGGUCUAACAGUCUUUUCCUGGAUAUCGGCCCAAGUGGCACCUGGCAUCGUCACCGUAGACUUCAGCAGGAAAGUGGCGUUCUGUGGUCCCAACCGUAUCCUCCAUGCCUACUGUGAUGCUAUAGCACUGACUAGGCUGUCCUGUUCCAACAUGGUGGCGAUCAAUGAUAGCUCCUAUGGGCUGGCCAUGUUUGUCCUCCUCGUCCCCCUCUCCCUUAUCAUCUUCUCCUACGUCAGCAUCAUCGUCACCGUGAUGCGCAUGGCCAACGCACAGGGCAGACGGAAAACCUUCUCUACCUGUGGUACUCAGGGAUGUCUCAUUCUUAUCUACUACAUCCCCCGCUUCAUAGUCUACUCCACGCCCUACAUGCCCAACCUGACAAUCACCCCUGACCUCCGCGUCGGCCUCAGCCUCAUCUGUAGCCUGUUCCCCCCGGUGGCCAACCCAUUCAUCUACUGUUUCAGGACCAAAGAGAUCAGAACCAUCCUGGGGCGCUGGAGACAGCGCUGGGGGAACAGCCGGACAGAACCGCGUAAACCCAACACUGUGGCUGUUAUCACUAGAUGA